UAAAAUUCAUAGUUGCGUCAAGAUGAUAAUCACUAUUAGUAUAUUGUGUCAGGCAUCUAAGCUGUAACAAGAACGCAAAUUUGUACCACUUUGCAUUGUCCAUUUUGCGCUCUAAUUAUCUGAGUGGAGAAGAAAAUGGCAGCCAACAGCGUAGCUGAAGUUGAAGCUGAAACCACAAGCCAGCAGAACUACGACAGAAUCAGUGAAAUUAAAGCUUUUGAUGAGACCAGAGGUGGGGUUAAAGGGCUAGUUGAUGCAGGAAUCAAGAAGGUUCCCAGGAUGUUUUAUUCCCUGCCUGAUGACUCUGUCAAGGCUUCUGAUAACAGAAAGGCUGAUGUUGGUAUUCCAGUGGUGGCCCUUGAUGACAUAGACGGAGAUCCCAUUCAUCGCAAGAAGGUGGUUGACAUUGUUAGAGAGGCAUCAGAGAAAUGGGGCUUCUUCCAAGUGGUAAAUCAUAGCAUCCCAGUUGAGGUUUUGGAAGAAAUGUUGGAUGGUGUCAGGAGAUUCUAUGAUCAAGAUACUGAAGUCAAGAAACGGUGGUAUACAAGGGAUGGUUCAGAAACGGUAGUGUAUAAUAGCAAUUUUGACUUGUUCAGUGCACCAUCGGCUAACUGGAGGGAUACCAGUUAUGUGAAUAUGGCUCCAAAGGUUCCCAGGGCAGAUGAAUUGCCCGAGGCAUGCAGUGAUAUUUUGAUCAAGUAUUCUGAGUACAUCAAGAAGCUGGGUCGUUCUUUAUUUGAACUACUGUCUGAGGCUCUUGGGCUCAAGCCAAACCACCUAAAUGAUAUCGGCUGUUCAGAGGGGCUUGCUGUACUAUACCAUUGUUAUCCAGCAUGUCCAGAACCAGAACUUACCCUGGGAGCAACCAAACAUGCUGACUAUGAUUUCAUGACAGUACUACUGCAAGAUCAUACAGGAGGAUUGCAAAUUCUUUAUGAGAACCAGUGGGUUGAUGUUCCUCCUGUCCCAGGAGCUCUGGUGGUCAACGUUGGAGAUCUUUUACAGCUGAUAUCAAAUGACAAGUUCAACAGCAGUCAACAUAGAGUAUUGGCAAACCGUGCUGGUCCAAGAGUAUCUGUGGCAUGUUUUUUCACAACUGGACUGGCACCAUCAUCAAAGAGAUAUGGACCAAUUAAGGAGUUGUUAUCAGAAGACAAUCCCCCAAGGUACCGCGAAACUACAGUGAGAGACUAUUCGCUUCACUACAAUGCAAAAGGACUCGGCACAACUUCAGCCCUGUUGGACUUCAGGAUUUGAAUUCGGGAAAAUAAAAAUGUUGCUAUCAUUUGGUGGAUGAUGAAACUACUCAUUCCUGUGUACCUAAGUUUCAUCUGUAGACCCUCAGACGAAACUCAUGGAUACACACAAAUCGAAAAGCAUUAAAUUAUUUUUUCUUUUGGACAAACUAUGUACUCUGACAAUCCAGGAAGUUUGAUAAUACUAUAGAUUUGGAUGGUAAAGCGCAAGGAGCUUCAAGAAUA